CAAUUGGCAGCGGCGGGGCAGCCGCGCCCCCUCCCCGCCUUAUAGCCGGGUCCUGACAUCAGUCCCGUCUCUCUCUGUGUGUGUGUGUGUCUCGCUCGCUGCAGCCCGGCUUUGCGGAGCGCGGGGAGCCCAGCCAGCUAAGCCCGUCCAUCCGUCGAGCCCGGCUCUUCUUCUUCUUCCUCCGCAGCAGCAGCAGCAGCAGCAUCCGAACAAAGGAGCCGUCGGGGAGAGAAGGGAAGAAGGAAGAAAAGGGAGAAAAGAAGGAAGGAAGACAAGAAAGAAAGAAGGAAGGAGGACAGAAGAAAGAAAGAAGGAAGGAAAGAAGGAAAGAAGGAAAGAAAGAAGGAAGGGAAGGAAGGAAGGAAAGAAAGAAAGGAAGGAGCCCAGCCAGCCGCCCACCUCCUCCGUCCAUCCCCGCCUCGCCAUGACGGCCAACGGGACCCCGUCGUCGCCGUCGUCGGACUCGCUGCCCAUCCAAUUCGGGCUGAUCAACUGCGGCAACCGGUACCUGACGGCCGAGGCCUUCGGCUUCAAGCUCAACGCUUCGGCGCCCAGCCUGAAGAAGAAGCAGAUCUGGACGCUGGAGCAGAACGGCGAAGAUUCCAGCGUGGUCUUCCUGCGGAGCCACCUGGGCCGCUACCUGGCGGCCGACAAGGACGGCCAGGUGAGCUGCGAGAGCGAGGCGCCCUCGGCCGACUGCCGCUUCCUCAUCCUGGCCCACGACGACGGGCGCUGGUCGCUGCAAUCCGAGCCCCACCGCCGCUUCUUCGGGGGCACCGAGGACCGGCUCUCCUGCUUCGCCCAGGCCGUCUCGGGGGCCGAGAAGUGGCGGGUCCACCUGGCUCUCCACCCGCAGCUCCAUCUCUACAGCCUCAGCCGCAAGCGCUACGCCCAGCUGGGCGCCGGGGCCGAGGAGCUGGCCGUGGCCCGCGACGUGCCCUGGGGCGUGGACGCUCUCAUCACCCUCCUCUUCCACGAGGGUCGCUACCGGCUCCAGACCCGCGACCACCGCCUCCUGCGCCACGACGGCCAGCUAGUCGAACGCCCCGAGCCGGCCGUCGAGUUCACGCUGGAGUUCCGCGCCGGCAAAGUGGCCUUCCGCGACUGCCAGGGUCGCUACCUGGCCCCCUCCGGCCCCAGCGGGACCCUCAAGGCCGGCAAAGCCACCAAGGUGGGCAAGGACGAGCUCUUCCUGCUGGAGCAGAGCUGCCCACAGGUGGUCCUGCGCGCCGCCAACGACCGGAACGUCUCCACCCGGCAAGGGAUCGAUCUCUCAGCCAACCAGGAUGAAGAGGGUGACCAAGAAACCUUCCAGAUGGAAGUCAACAAAGAGACCAAGAAAUGCACCUUCAGGACUUGUACUGGGAAAUACUGGACUCUGACCUCCAACGGUGGAGUGCAAUCCACUGCCUCGACUAAGAAUGCCAACUGUUACUUUGACAUUGAGUGGUGUGACCGGCGUAUCACUCUGAAAGCUGCCAACGGCAAAUACGUCACUGCCAAGAAGAACGGGCAACUUGCUGCUACGGUCGAAACAGCCAGUGAGACAGAGCAGUUCCUCAUGAAGCUGAUUAACCGGCCCAUCAUUGUUUUCCGUGGAGAACAUGGCUUCAUCGGCUGUCGGAAGAUGACGGGCACCUUAGAUUGCAAUCGAUCUUCUUACGAUAUCUUUCAGCUGGAGUUUAACGAUGGUGCCUACAAUAUCAAAGAUUCCACUGGGAAAUACUGGAUGGUGGGAAACGAGGCGUCCAUCACCAGCAGCAGCGAUUCUCCCGUGGAUUUCUUCUUCGAGUUCUGCGACUUUAACAAGGUGGCCAUCAAAGUCAACAACAAAUACCUGAAGGGCGACCACGCUGGGGUCCUCAAAGCCUCUGCCGACGCCAUUGAGCCCUCCACCCUCUGGGAGUAUUAAACGCACUUUAGUCUCCUUCCCUUCACUCUACGCUUCCUCUCUUCCCCCACUUCCUUUUUUUUUUUUUUUUCAGUUGCCAGAAAUUCCUGCAGGAAUUUCCUUUCGGUAUGUUCUGGUGUGUCUUUCUCAAAAGAGAGGGAUUCUAUCUUUCAGACCGGCCUGCUGCCUUUGGUCUGCCAUGUUGUUGUUGUUGUUGUUGUUUUAAGUUGGUUUCCCCACCCCCGCCCUUUGUUAUAUGAGUUCAUUUAAAACUGGAAGGAAAAAAAAAAGUGUUUUGUCUGCAGAAAAUGUCCUGCUCUCAUCUUACGGAAUUUUUGUAGGAAGGGGAGGGAGGGGAGGAAGAAGGGAAAAAUUGGGUAGGGGAUGAACGAAUCUCUCCUUUGGCCUCUGCUGAAUUGAAAUCGAUUCAAUUCUGGAACUGAAAAGGAAUCUUAUUUCUCAAUCAUUGGAAUCGGAAAACGUGGCCCACCCUCCCCCUCCCCAUCUGUGAGGUCUCCUCCUGAGAAGGAGCCGGGUCUUCAGGAAGAGCCAGCAUUGAGCUCAGCAAGGGCCCACUUUGGAAAACCUUGGAGGGUUUUGUGUCUUCAAGGACUCCGCCCUCUAUCCCAGUGUUAGGUGGGCAUCCGUAAUCCUUGUUCCAACUGGGCCUUUCCAGUUCGAGUUGGGACAUCUUCUGGUAGUAGGACCGAAGAGUUCUCGUUCUUGGCUUUUUAAGUUGCUCGUCCCCCAUUCUCUGGCGAAGAUAAAGAAGAAGUAGCUGAGGAUAGUUCCAUGGGAUGAGAGAAGGAGGGGCAGGGGAAAGAGUCAGGAUGUGAAACUAAGGUGAGCUACCGAAGCAGGACAGAAGGUCCGUUUUUACGCUCACUGACCAAACAAGCUGCUUUUUCUGAAUGGAAUUGUAACUGCACCCCUCCGUGGGUUCAUCUCAUCCUCAAAGAGCCAAGCGAAUUCCUUGUUUCUUCCACCCUUGUAUACCCUUAAAAAUCAUCUCUAAAAUAUCUCCCCGAUACAUACCGAGAAGCCAUUGAUGUUGCCUUAUGAUUCCUUUCCCUUUCUCCCCGGAAGGUCCAACCGUUACUGAAUUUCCCUUUUUUUCCUCUUUUAUUACCUUCUCAUCAUUUGGGGGCGUCUCUUAGCAUUUCGUUAGAGCAGGCCAGGACUACCUUGAAGCCGUUGCUUACGGAUUGGAUGCAUCAGAUAAAAAGGCGUUGAGUUGCACGUUAAUAUGUCCGUGUGUCUUUUCCUUCCCCUGCCUUUUGCUUUGGCUGGGGAGAACCAUCUCGACAUCUCCUUGUUUCUCUUCACCCGUUCAUCCAUGAUGGAGGGCCGCCAGCGGCUGAUAACAACUGACUUGGAGAGAGGUCUCCAGUUGAACAGGAACUUAAGUCAUGACACAGAUCAGUCCGCAGGAGACCUGUGGCUCUCCCUUGGUUUUUUCCUCCUAAGUAUUUCCCACUUUGUAGAUUUGGGAGGGUGGGGAGAAAGAUAUGGAAGACGAGAUGGAGGGGAAGGUUAGAAGAGAAGGAGGUCAAGCAGAGGUGAAGCCAUGGGGGAAUCCUCCAUCGCCAAUUGUCUGUGUUCCUUAAACUAGCAUCAUUUGCACAAUACAUCUCCCACUACAUCGUUCUACCUGUUGACCUGAACUGGAAUUUGUCGUCUUUCUCAUCUCGCCGCCCCUUCCCUCAAAAUUGUAAACUGUUUUUUGAGUCAACGUAGCCAUUUCUGGGCUUCUGCAUCUCAGAAGCUUCCCAAAAAUCUCAUCUCAUCUUUUCUCUCGAUAAGCUAGGUGAGGGCAUCUCCUUAAGAUGGUACCCAAGCAUCAUCUCGUGACCCACCGGGCCCGCUUCUGUGAUCCCACACUUUGCCUCGCAGAACCCCAAAACGUGGAAAGUUGAACAGGAAUGGUCUUCUCUUGACUCUUUAGAUCAGCCUGCCCUCCGAGCCAACCUAACUUAGCCCCUCUGCUAGGUUCGCUGUUCGGCACGGACAACUUCAAUCUUUGCCACAUGUUGCUUAACGCUUUGGGAGUUUCAAGAGAGUCUUCUGCGCACGCACAUUUUGCGUGGGUUUAUUUGAUUAUUUUUUGGUUGUUGUCCGAUGUGAUGCCUUCUUGGGGUUUUAAUCUCUGUUUCCUCUUAGGCCAAGUAGACCCCAGAUUUACCCUGAAGUCUGCGGGGGACUUCGCUUGAAAUGGUGCUCUCUCUUUCUAUGAAAAAUCCAUGAAAAUUUGUAAGAUCCAGAUAUGUAUUUCCUAAACGCGUUCACCUUGCAGGGAGCCGGGGUUGGCCAAAUUUGCAAAGGGGUUGGUGGGUUUUUGAUGAACCGAGGGAGGGGAAAAAAAAAAAGCAAGGACACAUCCUAAGCCUUAAAAACGCAUCCAACCCUCUGCCAUCCAUAAGGUGACUUCAAUAGGAAUUGGUGCUCUUUAAUUUUAUAGCAAUGGAUAAUAUUUGCCUUAUGCGUAAAAAGAGGGUUUGAGCUGGAGUUUGCCUGGGAAUCUUAACUGGACUGCGCUGAAGUUCUGGAAACUGUAAAAACAAAAACAAAAAAAACACCUUAGCUUGUGAAAGAAUUUGGGGAGCAGAGAUGGCUACCCAGUUGGCCUCCGGAGUUUGUCCUGUGUCUCUUGCCCACCUUGGUGGGACUUGGAUCAUGUACACCUCACUGCCUUUUCCACCCCUGUAACAGUUUUUAAGUCAAGAAUCCUUGCCUUCUAUUUCCUUGACUAUUGUGGCUAUGAAAAGCAUCUCAUAUCCUGAUAUGUUUAGUUAAUUUUUCCCCCCUCUCUUUUCAAAACCACUUUUUGUAAGUGCCAUUUGUAUAAGAAGCAUCAAAUGGAGAAGAGAAUUGACAAAAUAAUAAAUAAAAAAACCUGCAUACAGAUAUAAAA